GUGAAAAUGGAGGUGAUGAUAUAUAUAAACAAGUCAAAACCCCCACCCCUAUACUCGUUGAUCUUCCGAUUGAAACCCUCAAAACCACUCUUCCACUCACUAUAUGACUUCACUUUUCUCAGCCUUUGCUAAUUGUUGGUAAAAGGGAGAAGCGAAUUGCAAACCAAAAUCCCAAUGGAGAUCUUCUUUGCUUCUUAUUUCUGAUUGGAUCUACUAAACCUGAUGAUGUGGCUAUUUCUAUGGAUCAAAGUUUUCCUUUGGCUGGCCUAAGCAAAGUGCUAAAGCCUGGUUCUGAGAACAGUGAUGCUGGUGAAAGUAAGGAUGACAAUGACAAUGGUGAAAAAUCAGAUGAUGAGUCAGAAGAAGGGAGUGAUUACGACGAUGAUUCAGAUGAUGAUGAUGUUUAUGGUGAUGAAGAAAGUGAUGACAACGAAGAUGAUGAUGAAUAUGACGACGAUGGCAAUGAGGAUGAAUAUGACGACGAUGAUGACGUUGAUGAUGAAGACGAUGAUGACGACUAAGACGAAAAGGGUGGAAAAGAAAUUUGGUAAUUCUUUUAGCAUUUAAUUAUUUAGGGAGUCAAAAUCAUUAUAACUGUGGAAAGAUCAAUUCAUAGUAGCAAAUUUUUAGCUUUGGUUUCAUUUACUAUAUUCAUACAAUGGACAAGUGGAAGUUGAAACAUGAAAAAAAAACAUUCUAGGGAUGGCGUGUUCCGAUCAGGUUCGUCAUUACUGUUCACUUGUGAAUGAUACAUUGUUAAUUGUUAAA